AUUUGGCUAACCGAAGUUCUGUGGAUCCUUACAAGGAGGACUCUACGACGCUGCUCACGAUAGCCAGCAUAAAAAGCGCCAACCCGUAUUUGCGGUGCGUUGUGGAAGUGCUGCAAAACGGUACCAAGUCCCAGUUCAGCACCAUACCGGGUUUUCUAAUGGAACGUGGCGAUGCGGUAAUCUGUUUCCAAGAACUGGAAUGGGCUCUCACCGCGCAGAACUGCUUAGCGCCGGGGUGUGCCACGUUACUGUCCAACCUUAUCCGCGGCAUGUCCGGACCGGUUUCGGAUGUUAAGCAUGCUUCGCAAGACGUGCAAGAUUAUCUGCACGGCUGCUACAUGGAGCUGCAUUCCGGGUCUUUUAGUCCAGUUUUCCACGGGAUGACAUUUUUCCAUGCAGCCGAAUUCUGCUACUCCAAACUGGGUGUGGUGCUUAUUGGAACGUUUUCGUCGUCACGUUCUGCCAAGAAAAUUAGCGGGCAAACCGGUUUCCUUUUGUGUAAUUCUUCCGCUACGAUAAAAGAGGAAUGUUUGGGAUUAUUUCUUGCUAGUUCGGCUACCGACAUGCACAGAGUGUCCUGGUAUUGUGGGCUAUGCCACAACGAACUACUGGACAUAACACAGUGCAAGCCCUGCAACUGCCAGUGUUAAAGUUAAGAAACUGAACACUGAAGCGCCGCAAAAUCCACACCGAAAUAUUUGGAUUCAGUGCCAGGAGGAAUCCAAGCUCGACUGCACCCGAGGGCCA